CGGAUCCGUCCGAAGCCAAACGCUACCUGGCGACCAAGAAAAAUUCGAUAUCGACAAGAUCCCUGACGGCGGUUACGGAUGGGCUAUCGUCGUAGGCGCGUUUAUGGUUCAAGUUACGAGUUAUGGUGUCACUACUGCAUGGCGUUAUGCAAGAUUACUACGAACAGAAUGUUUUUAAGGAUACAGUUUCGAAUGCACCACUCCAAUUGAGUUUUGUUGGCACAUUCUGCUUGAUCUUCAGUAACUGCAUGGGACCUGUAGCGCAAAUCUUGAAUUCCAUCUGGGGAACAAGAGUUGUCUUAUUGCUUGGGACCUUAUUCGUUGCCGUCGGCGUGAUCAUUGCUGGGUUUUCAACACAGAUAUGGCACCUGUAUCUGACACAGGGCGUUUGUUUUGGUAUUGGCGUUUCGUUUAUGUACGUGACGAUAAUGGCUGUUGCACCGCAAUAUUUCGAUCGUAAGCGGGGUUUUGCUCUUGGCCUGAUCGCCAGCGGAUCCGGUAUUGGUGGCUUGAUUAUGCCAUUCAUCAUGACACCUAUCAAUCGCAGUUUGGGUGGUGGAUGGACCUAUCGUGUUGUCGGCUUCGUUUGCUUGGCAUGCGAUUUAUUGGCCUGCAUACUAGUCAAAGACCGCAUUCCCCGCCCUCGUAUGCGCAAGCGUUUACGUGACAUCAUCAAGUUUGAUGUGUUUAAGAAUGGCAGUUUCCGUAUCUGGUGUUUAGGUGCUACCAUGCAAAUGGUUGGAUAUUUUAUUCCAUUUUUCUUUGUACCAUCACAUGCUACGUAUCUUGGUUUAUCUGAUUCCGAAGGAUCGUCGUUGGUUGCUGUCAGCUGUGCCAUGAACUUUGUGGGGAGAAUUGUUUGCGGGUUCCUUGCUGAUAAACUGGGCAAUGUUAAUACGAACAUUAUCUACUUGGUCAUUGCAGGACUUAGCAAUUUCCUCAUCUGGACUUUCGCUUAUACAUAUGGUACAUUAAUGGCGUUUAUGGCUGUAUUCGGUUUCACAUGUGGAUCUUAUUUCACCCUAGUAUCACCCAUCACCGCUGCUAUCCUCGGCAUGGAGAAAUUCCCAACUGGAUUGAGCAUGGUUCUCCUCUCUAACUGCGUUGCAGUUUUCGGUCCCAAUAUUUCUUCCGCGAUCGAGUCAGCUGUCAACUCGGAACCUUUUUUUUCCUACAAAAUGUUCGCCGGUGUCGCUUAUAUUUUGGCAGCUUCGGUCAUGCUGUGGUUGAAAUUCAACAUUAAUCACAAGAUUUCUGCAAAAGUGUGAAAAAAUUAUACUACCACCGCUACGUACUACUUCUCAUCAUUAUAUCAUUGUAGAAAUACUUACUUUCCUCUUCCAUUUACUACACAGCUCUUACUUCCUUUUUUUAAGCUCUCAGCAAUUAAUUAUAAUUACAAACAUAUAGUCGGUUACGUAUUCCUACAGCUGUUUAUAAACAUAUUUU